AUGUUUACGGGAAUCGUGGAAGAGAUCGGAGUCGUCGCGGAGCUCAACCCGCACGAUGAGACGGGCGGCACAUCCCUGACCAUCCAGCUGCCGGGAACUUCCCAGCUGCUGUCGGACGUCCAGCUGGGCGACAGCAUCGCCGUCAACGGCGUCUGCCUGACGGUGACGACGUACAAGCUCGAGCCGACACCGAGCUUCACCGUCGGCGUGGCGCCCGAGACGCUGCGCAUCACCAACCUGGGCGGCCUGAAGAAGAACUCGCACGUCAACCUGGAGCGGGCCGUGCGCGCCGACACACGCAUGGGCGGCCACUUUGUGCAGGGCCACGUGGACACGACGGCCGAGAUCGCCGCCAUGACGCCGGACGGCAAUGCCAUCACUAUCCGCUUCAAGCCCUCGAGCAAGGAUGUGCUGCGCUACGUCGUGUACAAGGGCUUCAUCGCGCUCGACGGCACCAGCCUGACUGUCACCAAGGUUGAUGAUGGUGAGGGCUGGUGGGAGGUGAUGCUGAUCUCCUACACUCAGGAGCGGGUGGUCAUUGCCCAGAAGAAGGUUGGUGACACCGUCAAUGUCGAGGUUGAUAUGAUGGCCAAGUAUGCAGAGAAGUCCAUGAUUGGAUACCUUGGCUCACAGGGUUUGAGCACUGAGGGCGGUUCGAUUCCGUUUUUGGAGAAGAUUGUGCAAAAUAUCGUGGCUCAGAGUUUAGGCGGUCAUAACUCAUAA